CGUCUUUUUCCAUUAGAGUUGACUUGCUAAAACUAGUGAUCCUGCAACUUUAGAUGGCGGCUUACAGUGCUGUCAUUUCUCUCUCGCAUACCCUAGACACCAUCUUGGCUCCUGGCGGCCUGCCGAUUUCUCCCCAAAGAAGAAAACUUGAAUCUCUCCGUGAUAAGGUUAGUUUCUUGCAACAAUUUCUUGAAAGUUCUUUAAGGAAGACGGGCGAUCAUGCAGCUGCAGAAAGUCUUGAAGCCAAAAUCAGGGACGCGGCUUUCGAGGCUGAAGACAUGAUUGUAUCCCGGACAUCCUACAUUGUCGAAGUAUCUGAAACCAAACUCCUUCUUUUCGUGUUGAGAAGCGUCAUGGUGUUUAUCUUUGUCAACACUAUGUUGCAGUUUGCUGUAAAAAAUUUCGUGUCUGCCGCUCUCCAAAGUGUGACGUUUGAUGUUGUCCGUAUCUUGAUGCCUGUUGUGGUCAUCCUGAAUUUGACGUACUUAUUGUCCAAAUAUGUGAUGGAAUUUAAGACCAAAGCUAGAAAUGUCAAAUAUGAGGUUCAAUUUAAUUCUCAGGAAAUUGAGGCCUUGCAUAAGAUAAUAGAAAAAGUCGGGUCCGUGGUGGAAAAGAUGAUAAAGAUUAGGGAUGAGAGUGAAGCAGAUGAUCAGAAGCCGAUGAGGAAUCUCUCCUCGGCUGGAUCAUCACCUACAGGCGAUUUUUCUGUUGGUAGUGGAAAGAAUGUUGUGGUGGGAUUUGAGAGUGAUUUGGAAGAGAUGAGGACUCGACUAACGGGUGCUUCGUCCAAGCGUGACAUUGUUUCGAUUGUGGGGAUGGGCGGCAUUGGUAAAACUACUCUUGCUAGACAGGCGUACGAUGAUAGCUAUAUCGUCUAUCACUUUGAUACCCGGGCUUGGGUGACAGUAUCUCAAGAAUAUUCCUUGCGCCAAGUCCUGAUUGGCCUUUUAGAUUCAGCAAAAAUCCUCACUGAGAAGAUGUACGACAAGAGAGAAGAAGAAUUGGCUGACUGUCUGUACAAAGGCCUCGUGGGAAGAAGGUACCUCAUAGUAAUGGAUGAUAUUUGGGAUACACAGAUUUGGGAUGCUGUGAGAAGAUUUUUCCCCAACGAUUGCAAUGGAAGUCGUAUCCUUCUGACUACUCGGCUAUCAGAUGUGGCCCUUUGUGCCGACUCUUUUAGCCCUCUUCAUAAAAUGCAAUUCCUCAAGGAAGGUGAAAGUUGGAAUCUUCUUUGCAAAAAGGUUUUUGGAGAAAAGGAUUGCCCCCGCGAAUUGGAAGACAUUGGAAAGGCGAUUGCACGAAAUUGUGGGGGACUUCCGCUAGCAAUUGUUGUAAUUGGUGGUCUCCUCUCCAAGGAAAGUAGGAGACAAGAAUAUUGGAGAAAUCUAGCUGAAAAUUUGAGUUCAAUUGUGACUAAAGAUGACGACCAGUGUUUGAAGAUAUUAGGUCUGAGUUAUAACCGCCUGCCUCAACGCUUGAGAGCUUGCUUUCUCUAUAUGGCUGUGUUUCCAGAGGAUUAUGAGAUCCCUGUCGCCAAACUUAUCCGCUUAUGGGCCGCUGAGGGAUUUCUGAAGCCGAAUGCAUCUAAAAGUUUGGAAGAUUUGGCAGAGGAGUACUUGGAUGAUCUCAUCGAGAGAAACCUCAUUUUGGUCUCCAAGCGGAGUGCUAAUGGAAAGAUCAGAACAUGCAAUAUUCAUGAUCUAUUACGGAACUUGUGCUCGCGAAAUGCUCGGAAGGAAAAAUUUCUUUAUAUGGUGAACUGCAAGGAUAAUGUUCUUAAACAAGGUGUAAAUAUCACUCCACACAGAUUAAGCAACCCUCCACGCAGAUUAAGCAUCCCGCCACGCAGAUUAAGCAUCCAUCCCGAUCUUCUGAGCAUUCAAUCUCAGAUUCUAUAUAAAAGUGAGAUUCAUAACUCAAGUGCUCAUUCUCUCCUAUGUACUGGUGCACGUCUUAUAUAUCCAUCAUGCGUCUACCUUGGUUAUAGACUGCUGAGGGUACUGGAUUUAAUCAUAGUACGUUUCUUUCACUUCCCAGCUGAAAUAACUAAGUUGGUCCACUUGAGAUACCUUGCUUUCACCUACAAUGAGGCACUUCCUCCAUCGAUAGCUGAGCUCUGGAAUCUACAGACACUUGUUUAUCACAAUUGGACAUUUGGAAAAUGUCCUGUUUUCCCUGUGGAAAUCUGGAUGAUGCCAAAACUACGGCAUUUAUGCAUCACACCCUGUAGAUUGCCUGUUCCUCAGAAUGUGCGAAUGCUUGUUCUAGGAAACCUCCAGACGCUUUCGGAAGUAAGGAACUUGAGAUGUAGCGUUGAUAUCUUUAAAAGAAUUCCAAAUCUGAAGGAACUGGGAAUUUCCUAUGAGGUCUCCCCCUCGGAGAAUUGGUCAAAAUAUCAACUUGAAGCUCUUGUCAAUCUACAUCAGCUCGAAACAUUGAAACUUCUCUUUAAGUAUUCUUCCCAUGCAUCAGAAAUUGUCAAUCCGCCAAAGCUUGCUUUCCCUGAGAAGCUUAAAAGAUUAAUUCUAGCUGGUUGUGGAAUUCCUUGGUCAAGUAUGACAAUUGUUGGUGCGUUGCCUAAUCUUGAAGUGCUCAAACUGCGAAAAAAUGCUUGCCAAGGCAUUGAGUGGGAGCCAGUUGAAGAGCAAUUUUGUCAACUUAAACACCUGCUGCUAGAAGAGGUAGAUCUUGUACAGUGGGUGGCCAAUGAAACCCAUUUCCCCCGUCUCCAACGCCUUGUUAUUAGGUCCUGCUACAAGCUAAAGGAGAUUCCUUCUGGUAUUGGUGAAAUACCGACACUUGAAUUGAUCGAAUUGGUCGACUGCCAUCAUUCUGCUGUGACUUCUGCAGAAAAAAUCCAAGAGGAACAAGAAGGCCUGGGAAACGAAGAACUCAAAGUUCAUAUUGAUUUGAGGCGAUACUUCAAGAAUAAAUUUUACUCCAAAAUCUUUCAUUAAAAGGUGAAGCCUCUUUGAGUGAUUGAAUAUUACAUUUUUUCACCUGUGUGAAUUUAGGUGCAUUUAGCCGCAACGAUUCCUCCCAUGACGAUUGCUGUUCCAAACAUAAAUCCAAUCUUAUGAUUCUAGCCUUAAAUUCUGAGUAAAAUGUGUGUCGUUUUGGUUUUCCUUUCUUUCCUUUGUCAAAAUUGUACUGCAUGUCCUGGUUGGAAUUCAGUUCACCCUGAGCAAAAUGCAGUCUCAUGUUUUGCAUUUGAUUUGUUUACCACUUAGAAUUUCCAUUGUAGAUUAAUCAGGACAUCGACAUGAGGCCCUUGACAAUCUUGUGACUUUGAACAUGUUUAUCAAGAAUCAAUCAUCAUUGUUGAACUCCUUGCACAAGUACACAAAUACAACCAACUGUUUUGGUGCGGUUACUGAGGUUGUCCGAUUAAGGGAAAUUUUAUCGACUUAAAUGCCCGUUGCUUGAAGAG